CAUAGGUAUACAACAGAAAAAACAAUCAUCAUCUGGAGAUCUUCUUGAGUAAUCACAUUUAUCUAUUGUUUAAAAUUUAAAAUGAAUCGCAAUACGAAAACCGGAAAAGAGAAGUAUGCUAGUCAUAUGACAUUUGACGAAUAUGGUCGACCGUUCAUCAUUUUACGAGAACAAGCUGAAAAAGAGCAGAUCAGCGGCGUUGAUGUGAUCAAGGGUCAUAUUUUAGCAGCCAAAGCUGUAACAUCAAUAAUGAAGUCAUCCCUGGGUCCUAAAAGUUUAGACAAAGCUAUGCUAUCCCCUGAUGGAGAUUUAAUCGUUACCAACGAUGGUGUCACGAUUUUACAACAAAUGGACGUAGAUCAUGCCAUCGCAAAAUUAUUAGUCGAGUUAUCAGAAUGCCAAGAUAGUGGAGUAGGAGACGGUACCACGGGUGUUGUUGUUUUAGCAGGCGCUUUAUUAGAAGAAGUAGAUAAAUUAAUCGAGAAAGGAAUUCAUCCGAUUAGAAUUGCUGACGGGUUCGAAUUAGCUGCUCAGUUUUGUAUGAAACAUUUGGACUCGAUUAGCGAACAGAUUUCGGUGGAUAAAAAUAAAGAUUUUUUGAAGCGAAUCGCUAUGACGUCGUUGAGAUCAAAAAUAGUUAGCAAAUGCACCGAGAAGUUCGCUGAAAUGGCCGUCGAAGCAGUUUUGAAAGUUGCAGAUCUUGAAAACAACUUCAUCGAUUUGGAACGUAUCAAAAUGGAUGGUAAAACUGGCGGUUCGUUGGAAGAUACCAUGUUGGUGAAUGGUGUUGCUCUAGAACAGCAAUUCUCUCACCCUCAUAUGGAAAAGGAAUUGACGAAAGCUGCAAUUGCUGUCGUAGCUUGUGGAUUGGAAAUGCCCAAACCGAAUCAAGUGAAAGCUUAUUUAGAAAUGGCAUCUGUCGAUACAUUUAAAGAAGUUGAAGAAUACGAACAAGAAAUUUACGACCUGAUGGUUAACAAACUUGUUGAAGUUGGAGCGAAUUGUGUAGUUUGUCAAGCAGGAAUCGAAGAUACCGCGAAUUAUUUGUUGUUACGUACAAACACGAUAGGCUUGCGAUAUGUUUCCGAACGUGAAAUCGAACUCAUGCGAAGUGCCACUGGUGCCAAAGUAGUAGCACGAUUUGAAGAUCUAACGAACGAAAAACUUGGAUUUGCUGGAUCAAUUCGAGAAAUAUCGAUAGGUACCGAUAAUAGUCGACUGGUUCUUUUUGAAGAUUGUCUGAACUCUUCAGUUGUAACGAUAUUAAUUCGCGGAGGCAAUAGUCUUAUCAUCGAAGAAGCGAAAAGAAGUUUCCACGAUGCUCUGUGUAUGAUUAAAAAUCUUAUUCUUGAAAAUAAAAUUGUUUACGGAGGUGGAUCUUGCGAAUUGUCUUGCGCUAUUGCGGUCUCAAAGGAAGCUGAUAAAAUUUCAACCUUGGAACAGUAUUCAUUUCGAGCUUUCGCCGAUGCUUUAGAAAGUAUCCCUAUUACGUUAGCGGAAAAUUGUGGUUAUUCUCCCAUCCAUUUGGUCACAGAAACAAGAUCGAGACAAAUUUUAGAAGAAAAUCCUUUCUUAGGAAUAGAUUGCAUGCAGGAAGGAACCAGCGAUAUGAAAAAGCAACAAGUAAUCGAAACCUUGCGCAGCAAAAAACAGCAAAUACUUUCAGCGAUGCAAGUUGUCAAACAAAUUUUGAAAAUUGACGAAGUUAGAGCUACUGAUAAAAAUUAUGGUAAACAUGCUCCCGGACAAUUUUUCUAAUAAUACGUGAAUUUUGUACUC